AUGUGCUCGUGUGCCCUGACGGAUGCGUUUAUCCGUCCCAGCUGCAUGGCGGGCAAUCCCGAUUUCCGCUAUCCCGUCGAAGCUGCCUACGGGACACUUCUGGCCCUGGUGUUUGGAUUGACGCAUCUUCUGAACGGAGUGAGGUCUUCCUUCGUGUUUACCGGCUACCUCGUAGUCCUCGCGGUAUUUGGCUUGGUUGACCAGGUCGACAUCCUGCGUGGCUUUGCUCGGGUGGGACCUUGGCUUCCGCAGCUUCAGUUGGUGAUCAUCCGCGGCAUCCGCGACUCAGGAAUCCUGCAGUUCUCCCUGCUCUGGAUGUUGGGGCGGAAUCCCAAACAAGGCAGCCUUCCGCGGGUGCGACUCUAUUGCGCAACGCUUUGCCUGGGGGCCCUUGUGGGGGGCUCCACCACCAUUGCCACCUCCACGCCAGUGAUCAUCCAGUGGGCAAAAUCCCACGACUUCAAGCUUAGACCGCUGCUCUUGAUGAUGGUUGUGGCUGCAACAUGCGGCAACUCGGUCUUUGUCACGAGCAACCCUGCUUCCAUCGCCGUCCGGGAUCUGAUGAGAACCGGCAGACCGGACCUGGAACUCCAUGCGCAGACGCCGCUGGCUCUAGCAAAUGCGGCCGUACUGGGCCUCUAUGCAGUGUUCAUGGGCGACUACCUUUCCAGGAAGGACGGCAACCCGAAGCCAGAGGCCGCUCGCCGGCGGAACCAGCCCUGGUUGGAAGUGGAGCUCGAGGAAACGGGGGGCCGUGCAGAGCCGCCCGAGAAACAGCUCUAUGAGAUCGACUUCACGGUGGUGCGAGGUUCACUGAUCUGCGGACACACGCCACGCUCCGCCGGACUGAUGAACCUGUCCAACGUGCGCGUCCUCCGAGUGUCGAGGCUGCUUUCCAACGAUGGCGCUCCGUGCUGUUCCUCGGCCUCGGGUCAUGAUAUGGAAGACUGGUGCAUCGACGUGGGCGAUCUCAUCACAGCAAGAUGCUCCGCAGCCGGCGUUUGCGCCAUGCGCAGCCACCACGGCGUUUUCGCAAUGCGGGGACUUCGUUGCAACCGCUUCCUUGGCGGCCGCCGCCAUGAUCGGAGACUCUACGAAAGCGUAGUUGCUUCUGCAAGCGGGCUGGUUGGCAAAAGCUUGGAGGAGAUCCUGGGGAUUCCUCCCGAAGGCGACGAGUCGGAGUGCGCCAUCCCUUGGUGCGUGCGGGUGUUCAGGGGAUACCCGUUGGCUGCCUGGCGUCCUCAGGAGCAAGCACAGCCUUUGUCACCACGGGAUCCGCUUUGCGCUGGUGACGUGGUAUUGAUUGAUGCCUUCGAGGAGUUCCCUUCGCUGCAGACGGCCCGGCGGCAUUUCGUCAUUAGCGGCUUAGUCCCCAAAUCCCAGGCGCCCCGACACGGCAGGCCGAUGGACAUGUGGCGAGGCGUGCUGGCGGUCCUCAGCCUCAUCCUGGCGCUUAUUCUGGACUUGUUCAAGAGGUGCCACAUUCUGGUGAGCAUGAUGCUGAUUGCCGGCAUGCUCUUCAUAACUUCUGGGGUCAAGUGGGACCAGAUCCCAGAAAUCCUGGACUGGAAUUCCUGCAUCACCAUUGGUUGCGGCGAAGGGGUCGCAAUUGCCGUUCGCAGAAGUGGACUGCAAAACGCACUGGCCAAGUUGAUUUUCAUGAUCGGCAACGUCGGAGGAACGCCGCUGCAGCUCUGUGUGUUGUCCUUCUUGGCCCAGUCGGCCAGCGCCUGCAUUUCGGCAACUCCGGCAGGGCUGUUGGUCGCAAACGCGGCUCUGGCCUUGGAUGCGGACUUUCAUAACCUGGAUUCGGAGCAGACGCUCCUUCUAGUGGUCAUCUCCGUGAACAUGGUGCUCACCGUGCAGAUGCCAGAUGAGCUCAUGAGCAGAAGCAAGCGGACAUUCAGUGUCCGUCACUUGUUCCUAUGGCUGGUGCCCACGGGCGUGCUGGUUGCAGCAAUGACGGUGGCAUAUAUCCUACUGGUCAGUGCGAAUUUCAGCCAUUAUCGCUGA